ACUGACAUUUUUUUCCCAACGAUAAUUUUAAUUUCAAAGCGUACACAUCUGGUUCUUUUUCGUCGUGAUGCACCAGUAAUCAAAAUAUUCAUCUAUUGUCUUCAUCAAAACAUCCAUUAACUUUUGGUAAAUUAUAGUCUCCUGUACUUGUUUCUUUGCUGUACUUUCUACGUUAUUAUUACUUCUAUAAUUUCUCGUAUUUUUGUGCAAGUUACUUGUAUAGUAACCAGUGCCUAGUUGUAUAUUUUUAUAUUGUAAAGGUUAGAUUAGGUAUACCUACUUAUAUAUAUUAAACAAAUUGUGGAUACUUUUAAAAUUUACCUUUUUUAAUUCUAAUAAUACCCAGAAUAAUACUAUAUAAUAUUAAACAUUAUUAAUUAAUCAUAAACAUUUAAAUUUUCAAGAUUAGGUACAUUAGAGAAAAUAAUUUAUAAUAAUUUUUGCCUUGGUAACUGUUUCAAAUCAAUUUUAUUACAAAUUGAUGUGCUGUACAUUUUCAACAGUUUUUCGCUCUUGCGAAAACCUAUUCUAAAAUUGCUCAGUAGUUUAUUAGAUGUACCUAGUUUAAUCACAAAAAUUUGAAGUACUGUGCAAUAACUAUAAUUAUUAUGCAUAGAAAUAUAUUUCAAUUUUUUUUUACAGUUUAUAAAUAGGUAGGUAGAUAAGUCUUAUAUUAUUUUUUCAUAGACAUGUCUAACUAGUACUUAUAUCAAACCUUUUUGGAUAAAUUCAACCAUUUUUGUGUCAAUUGUGUACUUAAGCAAAACCACUUUUCCUUUAAUUAGUCUUACCAAGAGAGCUUAUAUCAGAAAUUCUGAAAGUGGCCACUGGAUUUUUUAUCAAUGGAUUUGAUGGUGCCAUAUUUUGUACUUAAAUUUGUGUCCAAAUGUUGUUAUCAGCAUAAAUUAUAUUCUAGUUUGUAGUGAACAGUAAUAAACUUUGAUGAAGUUGUCAGGGUAUUUAGAGACUGGCCUAAACAUCAUAAAUUAUCGAUUUGCAAAUUUUGAAUUCAUGCUUAGUGAUUUUAUAAUCAACUUUUAAUAAUUAUAUGUCAAAUAUGUAUGCCUCAAAAAACAAUUUGAUCAACGAAAAAGGUCAUUCAUAAGUGAUUAGGUACUUCAAGAAUUACCAAUGGUGAGAUUACAGUAUUAAAAAUAUACUGCAGAGAAGCUGCUUAAGACACAUUUUGUCACCGGUUUGGUUUUUAAAAUAAAUGUCAAAAUUUAGAAACUUUUGAGCUAUAAUCUGCUACAAACCAUCCUGUUAUUAGUUAUACCAAUGAUUUAGAAUCUUCACUUAGUAGUAAAUUUAUACAGUUUAGUUAAUUUGUCUGAAUGUAUAAAGAGAGGUGCAAACAUAAUGUUCAUUGGGAAAUGUUUUUAUACUGGAUUAUUGACGAAACUAAUUAACUGUAUUCGUUUCUUAACAAAGAAAUAGUGGUGUGUAUGUAUUUAGUCUUGAUGGUGUCAAACUGUAGUGGGGAUCAAGCAUUUUUAAAAAUAAAAUUAAUAAAAAAACAGUUUACAAAUUUCGAUAACAUAAAGUCAACUAUCAGAUACAUAAGUUCUAAGUUUUAAAAGUAGUAUACUUAGAUCAUUAAAUUAUUCUCAAAUAAUAGAUACAUUUGCAGCAACAAAAUUUCGUAAAAAGUAUCAAUAUAAUACAAAAUAUUAUUUAAGAUAUGUGUAUAGGUAUAUAUUCAAUGUUGUUUUAUAAUGAUAUGUAGGUAAUAUAAUAUAAGUUUAAUAAAUUUGUUAUUUAACUUGCAGGUUUCUAUUAUUUUUCUUACCAGUUAGAUUAUAAUAUAUACCUUUAUUUGCCAGGGCCUUUUACUGAUAUGAGUCCUGGCCCCCCACAACUCUAAAUCUGGCGUUCUGAAUAACAUUAAAAUACUAAUUGAUAAUAUUGUUUAGAAAAUAAUAUGCAUUCUUGAUACUUAAUAAGAACCAAUCAGAAAUUAUGGCACCAGUGGCCAUUCUCUUACUUUAGACUUUCUAUUAUUAUCAAUUUUUGACCAUGAAUUAUUUGUCUCAGCAAAUUUUACUGGUAUUAUCUUUACUUCUUGUAUAGUGUGGAGGUGAGUGGUAAUAGGACAUAGUGAUAAGUGUUGGGUAAUAUAAUCCAACCAAUUACCAAGCAGUAGGGAGUAGAUUUUAAUAAGAACUUGAAGGUGUCAAAUGUCAAUGCAACCAGCAGCUCCACAUGUCUUUAAUUACUUCUUUUUAUUGUUCUUCAACAUUUUAUAGGCCUUUCAGACCCAUUGCUGCAACAAUAUACUGCCUUUAUAUUUCCCUGUCUCUUGCAGUUUCUUCUGUGUUGCUUACUUUCAAUAUCCUCAGAUCUUUCUUUAUUCACAUCUUUGGAUCACCUGGGUAUCUUUUUGUUUGAAUAUAGUAUAUUGUAUGUAAUAUAAUAUACUAUAGCUGGUUAUAGCUUUAAUAAUUUAAAUAUUUCAAUAUUUUAUAUAAUUCCUCUGUCAAAUUUGUGAUCAAUUCCUUAUGACUAAAUACCCAUUUUAGAUUCUGAGAUUUACAAAAAGUAUUCCUUUCUUUUUCUUUGCUUUUAUCUUGGAAAAUACUUUUUCAGUUGUCAGCAAAAGUGCUCUAAAUUAUACACUCCAUUAAUUUAAAGAUGCAGAUAUUUUACCUAGAGCAAUGGCACUUUAAUUAAAACAUUUUUCUAGAUGCUCAACAGUUUUUAUUUUCCUGAAAACUUGAGCUUGUUAGUAACUGUUUAAAUUUAAAAAAAAAAAUAAUAAAAAAUAUUAUGGUUAUCAUGUCAAAAUGAAUUUCAUUUAUGUAUUUUAAAAAAGAUUAAGUAGGUACCUAUUAUGAUUAGAUAAAUUAAUAUUUUAAUAUUUAUAUAAUGUUUUUUCACUAGACAGGACUUAGUCCAAUAACUUCUCUCUACUGUUUAUAUACACCAUACAAAAUGGUAUGAGCAGCAUAAAAACUUUACAGAUUUUAAAAAUCACAACUUUAAUAGAAAUUAUAUAUUUAUUUUUUUUAUUUAUAUAAGAUAUGGGCACAUAUUUGUGAAACCAACUGGAUUUUACAAUUUCCUACUUGAUACCCAAUUUAUGUCCUACUCUUUAGAAUAAAGAGUGCUGGGGUACCCUGCAGACCUAGUGCAGGACAUCAAAUAAUUUUAUCCAAUGUUUUACCUUAUUAAAUUAAAUUUAGUGCUCAUUAAAAACUUGAUAUAAAUUUAAAAUUUCAGGGUUAAACAUUAUUAUAGCAUCAUAAUGAAAGUGAUUAUAGUUUUGAUUGUGUUAUUCAUUAUGACUCAGAAUAGCUGGCAAUCACCAUUAGGAUAUCAGAAAUCAACAAUAUCUGCUGAUACACCAGAUGACAUUUCAGAUAUGACGAAAAUGAAAAUUUGUCAACCAACAAAUUUCAUUAAAAUGUUUAAAAUUGUGUGUCAUUAUACUCAAAUGUUUGGUAAGUUAACUCAAAUUAAUAUAUACUCUGUUCCAAAAGAGAACAAACCGCCUUUACACACAACAACUGGUUAUUCAUAUUUAAGUUAGUUUUUAUAUAUUUAUCUAAAUAUUUUGCAAGUUUAUAUGAAGGUGAUGUUUUGGUUGCUGAUUCUGUUGAACUAUUGAUCUUGAUGUUAAUAUAUUUGGGUAUGAUGUUUAAAUGUUUACAUAUAAUAUUGAUUAUACAUUAUUAAUAACUUACAUUCUAUCAAAAAUACUUAUAACUUCAUUAAUAAUAUUAAAGAUUACAAUAAACCACUAUGUUGCAAAAUGAUUUCAUAAGACAUAAAAUUGUAUACACUUCUACUCCCAAAUUAGAAGCAAUACCAAUUUUAUAAGAUAAUUUAAACUAAAUAAAAUAUACACUAAAGAAAUUAAUGAAACCAUAACAAUAACUGAAAUUAUUAUUAACCAAAACUAUUUUAUGUACAAUAUUAUAGUAUACACAUAACUAGAUGUUUAAAUUAUGGGUAGUCCAUUAAGUGACCCUCUUUCAAAAAUAAACCUGCAAAAUUAUGAAAACAAACACAUAAAAAAUCCCAACAUAAAACAACAUUACAGAUAUGUAGAUGACACUUACCUAACCUAACCUCACCCAUAUCAACAUUACUGACAUUACUUAAUUGUAUUAUAUAAUAAAUUUUAAUGUAUUUUUAUUUUUUAAUAGUAUUAUUUUUAUUUUUCCAGACAACAAGAUCACACAAGAACACAUUAGCGAUUUAUAUCCAGUAUUAAAUAAAGAAUGCUGUAAAAAAAGUUGUAGUUCAACACUUUUGACAUCUUUUUGUCAGUUUUUAAAAUGGUAGGUGUACAUGCCAUGCUUUAUAUUUAAUUUUUAUAUGGUAAAUACUCUGUGGUAAAAUACUUGAAAAUAUAACAGGAAGUCCAUUAAAAAUCGUACUUUAUGGAAAAAAAAAAAUUGAGUUUAAUGUAGUAUUUUAUAUUUAUAAGAAUUUUAAUAUCAAAUUUGACGAAAAUUGUUUUAGAAAAAGAUUAUAUGGAACAAAUCUAGUUACUAUUCUAUAUGAAUUGUUUCAAUAAAUAUUUAUUUUACUAUAAUAUUAUAUUAUAUACAUUGUUGAAGAAACUAUAUUAUUAAUGUAGUUAUUUUUUUUUAUAUAAGAUUUUUAAUAUUCAAUUUUGCAGAAAAUUAAAAAUAUUAUAUCCUUUUAAAACACGUGUAACCAAACUCUACUAAAAGUUGUUUUUCGUUUGCAAUAAUUAAUGUUAGUUUACAGAUAUACAUUAAAUUCACCUCUAUAUUCUACCUUCCCAAUUACUCAGCUACAACAUUUAAAAAUGUUUUCUUAUUAUGUAAGUCUAAUUGACUGGGUUUUACUUAUUAUUAUACUCAUUAUUCUUAAACCUAGAAUAAGGCCUAUGGAUUGAAUAAUUUUCAAUGUCUAAAAUAUGAUUAUCAAACAUGUAUAUUAAUACAUUUUUACAGGGAUGGCCACACAUACACAACUUAUGCUGGCCCUGCUACAACUACAGAAAAUAUGGAAAGAGUCAUAAUCACCUUCAAAAAAUCUUUCCCGUGGUUGGAUUUAUCAGGUGGCAUCUUUGAUAGGCCUAGUAAUUAUUGAUAAAUGUAUACUAUUUAAUAAGAGCUAAUUAAUAUAAUUUUCUAAUCGUCC